AUGUGGCAAAGACUACACUGCUUCUUGGAUGGCCGAACUCCUCUGCAUUACUGUGCUGCAAGUAAAUUCCCGGAUGACAUGUACAAUAUCCUGUGCGAGUCCGUGGCCGACACACAGGUGGAAGACAGCAAGGGCAGGACCGCGGCCGACUACAUGUCCAACCCGUCAUCCAUCAGCGUCGUCAACCGCCUCGCAACCAAGAAGGGGAGCGGGGGUUCGAAGGGCAAAAGGCGCACCCCCCCGAAGAGGAAUUCCCCGGGGGGCAAGAGCAGGACGCCGCCGAAGAGAGACGGAAUGAUGAACAUCACCGGCGCCAACAUCCGCAUCUGGAUCCACGACCAAGACCUGCCGAAGUUGGAGAAGAUUGUGUGGGAGGGCCAGGGCGAAAGGCUACUGAAGGAGACCAGCAACCACGCUAAAGUUAGGCAGUUCCUCAACCUCGUGCCUAGGAUGAUGACGAAGAUCAAGGAGAUCCACAACGCGGCCAUCGUCGCAGACCUGGACACCUUAGACGCCAAGUCCGACCCGCCGGAUAUCCUGACGGCGAAGGACCACAACGGACUCAACCCGCUGCAUAAGGCAGCAGCCCUCGGCCACAAGGAUGUCGUGGAGUUCAUUGUGCAAAAGAACCAAAGCACAGUUUUCGGCCAGGAUAACAAAGGACGCACUCCCCUUUACUACGCUGCUGUAGCCAAGGAUGGAGGGGAAGUCUACGAGUACCUGCUCAACAACGGGUCAGAUCCUGUGCAUAAUGACCAGAUGAGUAACGUACUGCACAGCGUGAAAGGCCUGGGUUUCGUGUCUUUAAUGCUUGAUGUUGAUAUUGAUAAUGUUCAUGAUUAUGCUGAAUAUUAG